AUGGUCCUCCGCAUCCGCCUCAGUCGCUUCGGCAAGAAGCACGCGCCCUUCUACAACAUUGUGCUUACGCACGCCCGCACAGCGCGCAACUCGCGGCCCCUCGAAGUUCUCGGCACAUACAACCCCAUCCCGCAGCCACCGCGGCCGGGCGACACGCAUGGAAGGCCGUGGAAGGAUAUCAAACUGGAUGUGAGCAGGGCGCGGUACUGGGUUGGUGUUGGUGCGCAGCCGAGUGAUACGGCGUGGAGGCUGUUGAGCAUGGUCGGCAUUCUCGAGCCACAGUAUCGCAUCUCGAAGAUCCAGGGGCAGGUCGUCAAGGCGGACUCAGCAGUGAAGUCGUUGAUACCGGAGACGCCCGUCACGCCUCCCGCCGAGGCCGAGGUCACACAGGAGCAGAAGGUUGAGGCAUGA